CAAAGAAAGUCAAGAUGCUUAGAAAUAUUCUUGAAAUUUUACAACUCUUGUGCUUUCGCGGAAGAAAGAAGGAAAGAUCGUUGGCUAUGGCCGCUGCUCUCGGGGGUUCCCUAACCCUAGCACCGCGAGUGGCGAGCUCACCGCCUGGGAAUCUCGCGCCGGCGAAUCUAGUGGGGAAAGCUGGCGCUGGCGCUGGCAGUAGAAUCGAGGCGAGGGUUUCCAAGGUAGCUCUGGCUAUGGCGGCGGGCUCGCCCGUGGAAGAGGCAGUGCACGCUUCGGUAUCAGGGAUCAUCCAUUUCUCACUCGCCCCGCGAUUGUCACAGGCCACAGGAGGAGAAACUUUGCCGGAGCUCCUGACAGAGUAUAUGGUGGACAUGAAAUGCGAGGGCUGUGUCAAGUCGGUUCGCGGCAAGCUGGAGCCUCUGGAAGGCGUGAAAGCUGUGACCGUGGAUCUGUCUAAUCAGGUUGUCCGUGUUCUCGGCACGGCUCCAGUGAAAGCCAUCUCCGCGGCACUCGAAGAAACCGGCCGCAGUGCCAGGCUCAUCGGACAAGGAAGCUUGGAAGAUUUUGGAGUCUCUGCUGCGGUCGUAGAGUUCAAGGGCCCCGAGAUCCAUGGCGUGGUUCGUUUCGCUCAAGUCUCCAUGGAGCUUGCUCGCAUCGAAGCUACUUUUACCGGCUUGACUCCCGGCGCUCACGGCUGGUCGAUCAACACAUAUGGUGAUCUCACCAGAGGCGCUGCGAGCACCGGAGCCAUUUUCAAUCCUCAGCAGCAAGACACCGAGCCUCUUGGAGAUCUUGGAGCUCUUGUAGCUGACGAAACCGGGCGGGCGGACUUCGCAGGAACAAAGACCGGCUUGCGAGUCACGGACUUGAUCGGCCGAGCUCUCGCCAUCUACGCCACCGCUGACAAAUCCGUCCACGGCAUCGCCGCCGCCGUAAUUGCUCGAAGCGCUGGAGUCGGGGAGAACUACAAGAAGCUGUGCUCUUGCGAUGGAACCAUCAUCUGGGAAUCGUGAAGUUCUUGCAAACAAAAAAAUUCUUGUAGCUAUGAUCGACUAGUACAGGAACCUGUGCUCUUGCGAUGGAACUAUCAUUUGAAUCGUGAAAGAAGAAAAAUUCUCGUA